CAGGCGUGCCCGGCUGGUCACGCCCUCUCGAUGGCGGCCCCCACGGGCCAAAGCUACAGGACUGUCGCGAGGGGACCAUGGAGGCGGAGGAGGUGGAAGGAGGCUUUGAGCCCUCGGUCCUGGGAACCCGAGAGUAGUGAGUGCAGUGCCCCUGGGCGGUGUUGGGAUGCUGUAUAUGAAAGAGAACUACAAGCUUUUCAGGAAUUUGGAGAUUCUGGAGAAAUAUGGUUUGGAGAAGAAAGUAUGACCCGAUUAAUCAGGUGGAUGGAAAAAUGCAAUAUCCCACUGGAUGCCUCGGUGCUUGACAUUGGCACUGGAAAUGGGAUCUUUCUGGUUGAGCUGGCAAAAUUGGGGUACUCUGAUAUUACUGGAAUUGAUUACUGUCCUUUGGCAAUACAGCUUUCUGGAAGAAUCAUAGAAAAGGAAGGAUUCUCUAACAUUAUUAAGUUGCAGGUGGAAGACUUUCUGCAUCCUUCCACCGAGCUCUCCGGAUUUCACGUUUGCAUCGACAAAGGGACCUUUGAUGCCAUCAGCCUGAAUCCUGACGGGGCCCCGGAGAAGAAGCAGCAGUACGUGCAGUCUCUGUGCAGGGCCCUGCACGACCAGGGCUUCUUCCUCAUCACUUCGUGUAACUGGACCAAGAAGGAGCUGCUGGAGGAGUUCGGGGAAGGGUUCGAGAUGGUGGAAGAACUGCCGACACCCACGUUUACCUUCGCAGGGAGAUCUGGAAACAGCGUGACGGCGUUGGUUUUCCAGAAAAAGUGACGACUUCCCUGGAAAGCCCGAGCGUCGGCUUCCUUCCGGGAGAAGUGACCGUGUGGGCACGAGCGCCGAGGGGCGGCUCGCCGGGUCCCAGAAGUAUCCAGAUGUUUUCCCUUUGAAAUGUAAAUAUUUUCUUCUUUGAUUACAAAAAAAUCUGUCAUUGCCGCACUAUUUAAAGUGUGAAGCAGUAAAGGAAGUCUACAGUGUU